GUGGGGGGUGGGGUGUGGUUAUGUUCCGUUCCCCGGGUUUUGCUCUGAUGUGGGGCCCGGGCUCUCGCCGCUAGCGGCCCCGGUCUGAGGGAGGGGGACCCCGGCGAUCAGAGCCGCCUCCCGGGGCCGGGUGUCGGGGCCUCGGGGCCGGUCGCGAUGCCGGAGCCGCUGAGCGAGGCCCAGGCUGAGGAGAGUCACCGCCAGGACAGCGCCGAGCUGCUGCUCUUCAUCCUCCUGCUGACCGCCACCAUCGUCAGCCUCUGGCUGCUCCAACACCGGCGCUGCCGCCUCCUGCACCAGGCCGGGCUCGCCAUGGCCUACGGGCUACUGGUUGGACUUGUUCUCCGAUAUGGGAUCCAUGUCCCCACUGAUAUCAGUAACGUGACCCUGAGCUGUGAGCUGGAAGACAGCCCCUCUACAUUAUUAAUUAAUGUCAGUGGGAGGUUUUAUGAAUACACGCUGAAAAGUGAAAUCAACCCUAAGGACAUAAAUAACGUGGAAAAUAAUGAGAUGUUGCAAAAGGUGACUUUUGACCCCGAGGUGUUCUUUAACAUCUUGCUCCCACCCAUUAUAUUCUACGCUGGUUACAGUCUCAAACGGCGACAUUUCUUCCGAAACUUGGGUUCCAUUUUGGCGUAUGCGUUUGUUGGGACUGUCAUUUCUUGCACUGUCAUUGGGCUGAUUAUGUACGGCUGUGUCAAGCUAAUGGCUCUGAUUGGUCAACUGAGCGGGGACUUUUAUUUCACUGAUUGCCUAUUAUUUGGGGCAUUUAUUUCUGCGACUGACCCAGUGACUGUGCUCGCAAUAUUCAACGAGCUGCAGGCUGAUGUGGAUCUAUACGCGCUGCUGUUUGGGGAAAGUGUUCUCAAUGAUGCUGUCGCCAUUGUCCUGUCUUCAUCGAUUGUGGCCUAUCAGCCUGAAGGAGUUAAUGCUCACAACUUUGAUGUGGCUGCCAUGUUCAAGUCAUUUGGAUUAUUUCUUGGAAUAUUCAGUGGAUCAUUUGCUCUGGGAUCAGCCACUGGCGUGGUUACUGCCCUGGUUACAAAAUUCACCAGACUUCGAGAUUUUCAGUUGCUGGAGACAGCCCUUUUUUUCCUGAUGUCAUGGAGUACCUUCCUAUUGGCUGAAGCGUGUGGUUUCACAGGCGUGGUGGCUGUCCUGUUCUGUGGGAUCACUCAAGCUCACUACACUUACAACAACCUCUCACCAGAAUCGAAGCUCCGCACUAAACAGUUGUUUGAACUCCUCAAUUUCUUAGCAGAAAAUUUCAUCUUUUCCUACAUGGGGUUGGCACUGUUUACCUUCGAAAACCAUGUCUUCAAUCCCAUCUUCAUCAUUACAGCCUUUCUUGCUGUAUUCCUCGGCAGAGCUGCUAACAUUUACCCACUGUCCUUUUUCCUGAACCUGGGCCGAAGGAACAAGAUUGGGCCUAAUCUGCAGCACAUGAUGAUGUUUGCUGGUUUGAGGGGGGCAAUGGCGUUUGCAUUGGCCAUUCGAGACACUGCGACCUAUGCACGUCAAAUGAUGUUCACUACCACUCUUCUCAUUGUCUUCUUCACUGUCUGGGUCUUCGGUGGAGGAACAACACCAAUGUUAUCCUGGCUUCAAAUCAGGGUAGGUGUCAAUCCUGAACAAGAACAAUCUGCAAAUAUUGACCAUUUACAGCAGGAUGGUCCAGAAGCGGAGAGAAGGAACACUAAAGCCGAGAGUGCCUGGCUGUUCCGGCUGUGGUACACAUUUGAUCACAAUUAUUUGAAGCCAAUACUAACACACAGUGGCCCCCCCCUCACCAGCACAUUGCCCAGCUGCUGUGGUCCAGUUGCCAGGCUCCUGACCAGCCCCCUGGCCUAUGAGAACCAGGAGCAGCUGAAGGAUGAUGAUGAUUCUGAGCUGAUUCUAAACGAUGGUGAUAUCAAUUUGUCAUUGGCAACAACUGACUCCAUCCACAACAGCAGUUCUGAUCACAGCAACCUGAUUCAGAGUCUGGACGAUGCUCAGGAACAAGAUCAGGCCUGUGGAGGGCAUGAGCCGGUUAUUCGAGGGUCUCACCUGGUCGUCCCAGUGAAAGAUACUGAACCUACCCUGAACCUAAAGCUGACUGAGAACUCAGGGCCUCAGCUGCUGUAAGCUGCCGAUCAGUGCUUUGUUGAUCCUGUGUGUAACUUCUUCCUCGGUUUAUAUCAUCUGUUCUGCUGUGAUUGCACCAUUCACUUCAAAUAUUCUCCAGAUUUGUAAGGGCUGCUGUUUAAUCUACUUUGAGUUCUGGUGAAGGAUUGAACAUUACUAAUAAGCAGAGAUGAUUAGCUGUAUUUAUUGAUAUGAAUCUGUUAUAUUUAAGACAUACUGGGUGUCCAUUCAGUUCCUUAUUAAAUAAUCUCCCUUUUCACACAUAAUAUUAACAAGAAGUCAAUAGAUCAAGAACUUUGUUCACUCACUGCUCGAUGACUUUGAACUAGGUUGAAUUUUGUGGCACAUCUCAGUAAGAAAAAUGAUGAUUUAUUUUGAUAUUUAUGAACCUUCUGUCAUUCUAUCCCCUUCUGUUAAAACAGGGUCAUUCUGGAGAGCCCAUUGUACUUGAAUGGUCAGAAUCAACACUUCAUUCACACUCCUGCUCCUGUCCCACUGCCCAGCUCCAGGUCUGGGUCAGCUCAGCCUGACAGACUGCUGCUAUUAAUAAAAUGUGAAGCUGGAU